GUUGAGGUACAGGAAGAGACUCAUAGGGUAGAGAAAAACAACACAGCACACAACACCACCCUGCAGCUCUGUCUGGAAGUUAACCUGAUCCUCUCUCCCCAGCUUGGCUUUGCAGACCUGAACCUGGCUGAGUUUGCUGGUUCUGGGAACACGACGCGCAGAUGUCUACUGGAAGGUUACGACACCAAGAACACCCGGCAGGACAACUCCAUACUAAAGGUACUGAUGGGGAGAGAUGGGUUUCUAUCAAUUACAGCAGAGGUUCCCUACCUUUUUUUCUAAGUAACUUCCCCUUUUUUGGGGGGGUUAGUGUUUAUUGAGAUGGCCUAUAUUGAAUACUGCACCAGCUUGUAUUAUUUUGUUUAACUUGACGAACCUAGGAACAUUUUGUUGUUUUGGAGCACAUUUCCAGCAAUUGUACGUAGUUUAACAAGACUCAUUACAUAUUUUAGAUGGGCUAUUUAAUAAUGGAUAUGGAAGUCUAGACCCGAUUUCCUCAAAUGUUAUUCCACUAGCAAAUAAGUUUUAUUAUGAUAAUUUAUAUGAACCCUCAAUUUAAUUAUACACUGAGUGUACAAAACAUUAGGAAUACCUUCCUAAUAAUGAGUUGCACCCAGAACAGCCUCAAUUCCUCGUGGCAUGGACUCUAAAAGGUGUCUAAAGCAUUCCACAGGGAUGCUGGCCCAUGUUGACUCCAAUGCUUCCCACAGUUGUGUCAAGUUGGCUGGAUGUCCUUUAGGUGGUGGGACCAUUCUUGAUACACACGGGAAACUGUUGACUGCAAAACAGCAGCGUUGCAGUCCUUGACACACUCAAACCGGUGCGCCUGGCACCUACUACCAUACCCUGUUCAAAGGCCUUAAAUGUUUUGUCUUGCCCAUUCACCCUCUGAAUGGCACACAUACACAAUCCAUGUCUCAAUUGUCUCAAGGCUUAAAAAUCCUUCUUUAACCUCUCUCCUCCCCUUCUACACAGAUUGAAGUGGAUUUAUCAGGUGACAUCAAUAAGGGAUCAUAGCUUUAACCUGUAUUCACCUGGUCAGUCUGCUAUGGAAAGAGCAGGUGUUGCUAAUGUCUAUUUACACUUAGAGCGCAUAUUCUCUUUUACAGAAAGUGAAUACCGUAAAAUUUUAAUAUAGGUAAAUUCCAUCCAAAAACUAUCUUUUGGUAUUUGUUUCAUUAGUCCAUUGUUGAUAUAGUCCCAAUCAAGUUUUCAAGAUGUAUAAUACAGCCGGUAUGAUGCAUUUUGCAUCAAAAUAUAGAAAUACAGAAUCAUUCAAAAUCAUAUGAUGCAAAAUACAUCAUACCGGCUGUUUUUCUGUAUUUUGAUAGUUAUAUAUUUUGAAAACUUGAUUGCUGACAUUUUGGGACUAUAUCAGCAAUGGACUAAUGAAAGAAAUACCAAAAUAUCGUUUUUGGGUGGAGUUUUCCUUUAAUAGCCUGGGCGUUUUUUUGCUUAAAUCACUGAACACAACAGGCCAUUAUUAGAGACAGGCUUCUAUUUGAGCCAGGCGUCUAUUUCCUUAAUGCACACAGCUUUUGCUUAAUUGCCUAGUUAAUUGUUUUAAUUCCAGCAUUCACUUCCAGCAUUUUAAUCAAUUUCUUCAUUUCCUGCACUGAUGUGCUACCAUUUACACACUGUCAUGUUUCUUUUAUAAUAAUAAUAAUAAAAUAAUUAGUCAUUUAGCAGACGCUCUUAUCCAGAGCGACUUACAGGAGCAAUUAGGGUUAAAUGCCUUGCUCAAGGGCACAUCGACAGAUUUUUCACCUAGUCGGCUCGGGGAUUAGAACCAGCGACCUUUCGGUUACUGGCAGAAUGCUCUUAACCACUAAGCUACCUGCUUUUGUCUUAGUAUGCCUAAAUAUUUUUUAUUAAAAUAAUAAAAUAAAACAUUCCUUGACAGAAUUAUUCUCCUCUUUGAUUGUGCAUUUUCAACAGUUCCACUAGAGGGCGAUCGGUCGAUUUCUAGGGGUCUGUACUCCCGAAGUUGUUGACUUUUUUUGUGCAUGCCAGUUAGCUAGCAGUUCUCAGCUGUUAGCAGCCAAUGGCUAGCAGUUUCAUACUGGCGAUUAAAAACAGAUGAUUGCCCCCCAAAAAAUCGAGUCAUUACUGAAUUUUUUUAAUGUUAUAAAUCAAACAGUACACCUCGUAAACAAUUCAUGGUAAUCCAUGGUAACCUCGUAAAUAAUUCAUUUAGACCCGCCACUUUAUUAGAAACAGGUGUUUAUUUGCAGAAAUGUUUGCCAUUGCCCGGCUAUUAAAAGGGACAAGUGACCAUUUGAGACUCAGCGUUUAAUUGAAGUUUUACGGUAGAUCAAUUGAUAGCGACAGUCACAUUGUAUUAGAUUACUUCCCAUGCAAAGUCCAGUUUCUUUGACUCCUCGACUUUAGAAGGUCAUAACUCAGCUUCUGAAUAUCAUAGACAAACCAAAGAUAUUCCCAUGUACAUCAGUCGCGUCUUCCUCACGCAUUUUACAGCUUGUUUCUAGCAGAUUUAUACAUCGUUUUAGAUCGGUUUAAGCAAUCGUGAAUUGUAAAAAAUUAAAAUAAUAAUCCACUCAAAUCAAGGAAAGCCCCCCCCCCCCCCCACAAACGUUGGCACGCCCUAUAGGGGGCACGCCACCUAGGUUGGGAACCCCUGAAUUACAGUACAGCAGUCUUAGCUGCUUUUGUCUAGCCUGGUCCCAGAUUUCUUUGUGCUGUCUUGCCAACUCCUAUAUUCAUUGUUAUUCACCAUAGGAGUUGGCAAGACACCACCCAAAAAAAUCUGGGACCAGGCUAGGUUGUGUGUCAGUGUCAAUAGAGCUUUAAACACUUAUUUUUCACUGUAACAGGUUAUCAUCAGCACACAACUGAUGUCCGGGGACCCCUGUUUUAAAACGUGAGUGCCAUGCCAUCACAAUAUUUUUCAUUUUUAACUAAGGCCCAUUAUGAUUUGGUCUUGUCUAGAUGGGAGACAUUUUUUAAAUGCAAUUGGAGAAGAUGCAUUGAGGUUUCUCGUCUUAGCUCUACAGCAAACGCAUUCAGAUUUGCAUAGAAUUUGCCUUUGAGACCAAUGUUUAUCCGCCCCCCUACACUGCAGUAAGGAUUCCUUCCUGCUUCUCUCUGACAGGCUACAGUAGUGGGGGUGGGUUUGAGCAAAGAUAAUAAUUUCUAUAUUAUUUAUUAAAUAUAGUGCAGAAACAUGGGUGUCAUUCUGAUUGUAUGUGAGAGAAAAUGACAUCAUUUCAAACUAAGCAUUCGGUGUCCUACAUUUCAGGUUCCAUCAAACUUUACACUGUUAAGUAUAGCAGAAGGAAAAGGUUUGCACAUAUUGUUUAAAACCAAAGGCAUAAUCAAUGGGUUGGAAUGUUGUAGAUAGAAAUGUAGCCUAAUCUUGCACAGAGAGAACAUUUCCCACUUGCACAUGGCAGAGAAUCAUUUCUGUUCUUGCGUAUCUAUCUGUUAUUUCUGUGUUGCAUCCCUCUGAAUAAGCUCCAGGUCUUGAGGACUUUGCCUGUUUGUUUGAGGAGUGUGUAGCAUAGGGAUACAGGGAUCAGCACAGUGUUGUGACAUGACUUUCAUUAAUAGGGUGACUGUUAUUUAUCGAAUCAACUAACUAUGUUUAAUUGUCACUCGAUUAAAUUAAUCAUGUAACAAUUAACUCAUUAGGAAUUUGGGGAACAACGGUAUAAGUUGUUUAACGAGUUACCAUCUCCCGAAUUAAACUCUUAGAAGAUAUGUAUGUUAUAUAUCGAUAACAGUCACUUAUUAAAUAAUUACCUCUUAUCAGUCUCAUUCUGAACGUCGCAUAAUCCUUGAACCUGAAAGAACCCUAACCUUAUUGAUGAAUCAGCAAUACACAAAUUGGCUUAAUUAUGUAUUUACUAACUAAUUAAAUAAUAACACAGAAUACAAACACACACACAGGUUAUUGAUUACUAAUGUAAUACAAUGAGAACAGGUCCCUAGUGGACUGGACUAACAAUAGCAUGAAUGCUUGGGUAGAAGGAGGGCCAGGAUGGAAGGGAGAGACAGAGAUUCAAACUAUCAUUGUUACUUUGGAGACUACGCUCACAGUAAUCAUAAUACUUAUGCACCCUAAUAACCGCUCAUUCGGAUUAGAAAUGCAACAUGUAUUUACGUGUAGCUGUCUUCGAUAGUUGAGUUGAUGAUGUAGGACUCUGGUUUGCCCACCAGAGAUCCCAAUGUCCUUGGUAGAGUUUCUGGUCUUAGUGGUGGUUAGAUUAUAUACUUCAGCGUACCCUGUAGUUUGUAGAGUUGAUAUGUUAGAAUAGAUACUUCAGACGUACCAAUGGUUGUCUGAGAGGGAUUGUCCUUCCCAACUCGUGUCUUUAGUGAAAGUUCUCUAGAUGACUAUACAUGCCAGCUGCAGACUGAGAUGAUAAGGUCUAGUGUGUUGUCUUCUUCACCUCGUGUAGAGGUUGACAGUUUCGGAGUUUCAUCUUUUUGCCAUAUUCAGUUCGCGCUGCAUGUCGGCUGGUCUGUAGAGUGUCAACCAUUUUAAGCCGUGUAGCUUCAGCUUCACACUUCCUGGUCUGGUAUAAAUUCAACCAUUUGCAACAUCCGGCUUAUACCGUAAUCUACUUGGUCUGAGGUGAAUUUCGUCACGAUGGGUUUUAUACUUGAGUAGAAAAGGGGGUGUUUCAUCAUGUUUGUGCUCAUCUGGGCGUGGCCACUGACUGAGAACAAAUCAAUAUGGAAACAAUCAUCUCGAAUGCUAAAAUCAGUAUUAUUAUACUUAAUCAUUCGUUUUAUAAAACAAUUAGAUGCAAACCUCAUAACUGGGAAGUGUACACCCCCAGAGAUACAGUUAUGUUGUUCCACCGUCUUUCAUGACAUCACAACAUAGUAACGAAUUUGACAUGAUUGUUCUUUAAGUCGCCACUGACCAUUUCCCAAAUUCUUUUAAGCAGGAAUAUUGUUUCAUUAUCCACUUUUGGAUGUUGGAGUCUUGGUGGAAAUACUUCCUUUGUCUCACAGGCAAAUUCCCUCUCCCAAUACUGCAUGGCACGGAAAAGAACGUUUCUGCAAGGAAUUUAUGACCAGUCAUAAAACUGGCCCCCAGGAGAGGGGGUGUUAAAACCUUUUACAUGUGAUAAAGUUGUGACAGGAGCAAGGGACAUGCUCACCAAGGAAGGUCCCGCACGCCCCCACGACACUAACACAGGGACAUUUUGGACAUUUUGGCCUGUGUAGACGUUGGUGUGGGAGCAGUUCCAAGAACGUGAGGAGGAUGGCAUCCAGCAGCUGUGUCUGUGUAAGCUAAACUAGAGUAGAUAAGGGAUGGGGUGAUGAGUUGCUGAGUUAGCUGGCCAAGUACCACACCACACGGCAUCAUUCAGUUUGAGGCUAGAACAGCGGACUAACAUCCAGGGUAGGUCUAUAGUCUCACUGUCUCUAGGGCGUCUGGGUGAGUUUGAAGUUGAUUCCGUCUAUUUUGAGAACACACACCCAGUGUCACAGGGAUGCCUGAGCUUGCCUGACUGACUGAUACUCUACUUAGGCACCUUUGAGAAGAGUGGGGUGAUGGGGUGAGGCAGAGGGGCUUAAGAGGCCAGGGUGGAUUAGGGAUAAAGGGUGGAAAUUAAUAUGUUCUUCAGCCAUAGUCUGUGUUGGAACAUCUCAAGGAAUGCCAACUGUCCCUGGAGCAGGAGAUGACCCCCAAAUGUGCUAUUGCGUUGGGCAGAUGAGACUGUCUUUGCCAAGAUGUUUAUAUGAGCAAUGAAAACACUCAGCACCAGAGCAAAUCAUUGACCGAGCUUUCAUUAAACACCACUUGCAUGUAGUGAUGGUGCUGACAAAUACUUACAACGCUUUCCAUAAUCAUAUUUUCAGUCAUUUGUGUUGCUGUGCAUGAACCAGCCCCCCAUGUUUGUCUUCCACAGGCCUCCGUCCACAGGCACAUUCAUCGGCGUCCAGCGAGAUGCAGAGAGCCUUCUGCAGGAGAGGAAGGGAGGGGACACUCAGAAGGCCUUCAUGGGUAAGAUUAACUACUCUUUACUGCUCUUCUGCUCCCACAGCUCUCACCACAGUGGGUUUAUAUGAAUCAGUUAGUGUUCCUCAGUGCAGGUCUUGGAGUGCAUCAUGAAUAUAGCAGCUUUUAACAAACAGUCUGGCAAAUGUCAGAUACUGUAUGUCAUUUGAAUUCCAUGCUGUCACUUGUCCACUCAGGCUUUACAUUGUCAUUUAUCAGGUGCCCUUAGCGAGUUCCUCAAUGAGCUUGACACCUUCAUAAGCUAAUUUCCUGACUAUGGUUCACCGCUCUUCGAUUCAUAUCUUUCCACCUUUCUUUCCCUCCUUGCGUCUUUUGACCUCACUCUUUCGAAGUCCCCUCCCACUCACAAGGCAGGCAAUACGCUUGACUUCAUAUUUACUAGAGAAUGUUCGCCUACUAAUCUCACUGCAGCCCCCCUCCAGGUCUCUGAUCACUACUUUGUUUGUCUCCCUCUCCUCCAACCCUAGCCACUCAGCCCCUACACAGAUGGUCAUACACCAUCACAAUCUUCCCUCUCUCUCUCCCACUACUCUCUCCUUUACUAUCCUAUAAUCUCUCCCUUCUGCUAAAUCAUUCUCCCUCCUGUCUCCUGAUUCUGCCCCUUCAACCCUACUCUCCUCCCCUUCCGCAUCCUAUGACUCGCACUGUCCCCUUUUCUCCCGACUGGCUCGGCCCUCCCCUCCCGCUCCGUGGCUGAGUGACUCAUUGCUCCGUGGAUGAGUGAACAGGGCUGCGGGCAGCUGAGUGAUAAAGGACUUCCGGAGGACCUAUCAUGCUUUCACUCCCUCCUCUCUACCUUCUCUUCCUCUGUAUCCACUGCUAAAGCCACUUUCUAUCACAAAAAACGCUAACCCUAGAAAAAAACCUGCCUGUUUGACCCCAUACCCUCCUCCCUUCUCUGGAGACCUUCUCCCGUUCCUCACUUCCCUCAUCAACUCAUCUCUGACCACUGGCUUCAAAAUAGCCAGAGUUUCUUCCCUCCUCAAGAAACCAACACUCUACCCAUCUGAUGAAAAAAAACGACAGAACGAUAUCCCUUCUUUCUUUUCUUUCCAAAACACAUGAGCGUUCUGUCUCUGACCAACUCUCUCGCUAUCUCUUUCAGAAUGAUCUUCUUGACCCUAACCAGUCAGGCUUCAAGAUGGGUCACUCAACCAAGACUGCUCCCAUCUGUGUCACGGAGUCUCUCUGCACUGCCAAAGCUGACUCUCUCCUCUGUUCUCAUCCUCCUAGAUCUAUCCGCUGCCUUUGACACCGUGAACCAUCAGAUCCUCCUCUCCACCCUCUCAGGGCUAGUCAUCUCAGGCUCUGCACAGUCUUGGAAUGCAUCCUACCUGGCAGGCCACUCCUACCAGGUGACGUGGAGAUUAUUUGUGUCUGCACCAUGUACUCUCACUACUGGUGUCCCCCAGGGCUCGGUUCUAGGCCCUCUACUCUUUUAUACACCAAGUCACUCGGCUCUGUCAUAUCCUCACAUGGUCUCUCCUAUCAUUGCUAUGCAGAUGACACUCAACUACUUUUCUCCUUCCCCACUUCUGACACCCAGGUGGCGACACGCAACUCUGGGUGCCUGGCAGAUAUCUCAGCUUGGAUGUCGGCCCACCACCUCAAGUUCAACCUCGACAGAGACGGAGCUGCUCUUCCUCCCAGGGAAGGCCUGCCCUCUCUAAGACCUCUCCAUCACGGGUGACAACUCCACGGUGUCCCCCUCCCAGAGUGCAAAGAACCUUGGCAUGACCCUGGACAACACCAUGUCGUUCUCUGCGAAUAUCAAAGCAGUGACUCGCUCCUGCAGGUUCAUGCUCUACAACAUCUGUAGAGUACGACCCUACCUCACACAGGAAGAGGCGCAGGUCCUAAUCCAGGCAACUCGCUGAAGGCUGGGCUCCAAGCUUGUACCAUCAAACCCCUGCAACUUAUCCAGAACGCUGCAGCCCGCCUGGUGUUCAACCUUCCCAAGUUCUCCCAUGUCACCCCACUCCUCCGCACACUCCACUGGCUUCCAGUCGAAGCUCACAUCCACUACACGACCAUGGGUACUUGCCUACGGAUCAGCAAGAGGAACUGCCCCCUCCCUACCAUCAGGCUAUGCUCAAACCCUACACCCCAACCGAGUACUCCGUACUGCCACCUCUGGUCUCUUGGCCCUCCCACCCAUAUGGGAGGGCAGCUCCCGCUUAGCCUAGUCAAAGCUGUUCUCUGUCCUGGCACCCCAAUGGUGGAACCAGCUUCCCCCUGAAGCUAGGACAGCAGAAUCCCUGCCCAUCUUCCGAAAACAUCUGAAACCCCACCUCUUCAAAGAAUAUCUUAAAUAAUCCCACAGCAAAUCAGAGGCAAGAGUAUAGGCCUAUUAAUCAAGGCGCUUCUUCUUCUGUUUGACAAUUAAGCCUCAUUGGUGUAAAGAAACCCUGCCAGCUACUAAGCUGCAUGCCUCUCAGUAAAUACAGACCUGGAGUGAAGAACACCUAGAGUUCUUGUAUAUAAAUUACUGUAUAUGGAGCAUUCGUUACUGAACAUCGUUCCUCAGUCUCUGUGGUUGAUUAAUGUGAUUGAUCAAAGUCUAUUUUUCUCCCUGGCUGCAGUAACUUCAGAUGAUUUUGUUCUGUACUAAUAAAAAUCUCCUCUUGUUGACUCACUCCAGUCAUAAUGGAAUGGCAGACUGAAUGGCUGCACAUAAUUUGAUUUCCUCAAUCUUUAAUCCAAUACAAGCCUCACCUGAUACAGGAAUGUGAAUCUGUCUCUGUCAUUCUGUGCACGUGUCAUAUCUAACAUGUAUAGAAGAGACCAUUCUUCUCCUCUUCUCUCCCCUCUCUCUUUCCCUCUCUCCCUCUUUCUCUCCCUCUCUGUUUGUGCAGUGUUGUGUGCUCUCAUCCCCAGGAGGCUUCAGAAAGCACUGCUCUUUCAUGUAUAAUUCAGGCUGGUUCUUUGCUUCUCUCUCCGAUCUCUCCGCCGCCAACUCCAGGGGGUAGACUCUCACAUGGUUAUUGGUUAAAAAUAGGAACAAGCUUCUGUGUGUGUGUGUGUGAGGUCCACAGUGUGAAAGGGAUUUGAUAGAAGUUGUGUUGAUAAAGGGAUGACAGACUACUAUGGACUACAUAUAGGUUUCCACUUCACUAUUGUCUGUUUGGAUUCUUUCACAGUGGGCUGGCCCUAGUUCAUCUCUUCACUCUGAAUACUAUAAUAGGAAUAUUACUGUAAUCCCAGUCCACUCUCAACCCAUUCCCAACUCCUAUCUCCUGUUUUUAAAAUUUGACAGAGAGCCGGGAAGGAAAGUGUUCCUCUGGUUCCGAUGAACUUGGGGGAUCCCGCCAUUCCCGAACGUCCAGCUACGCUAGUCAGCAGUCUAAAGCGUCAGGUAGGCUCUACUUACGUGCAAUGUAAAAUAUAUACAACAUGUACCGUGGGGAUCUAUAUCUUGUGUAUCUCACCCAUGCUAACAUACAACACAACUAGUCAUCUUUCAAAAGUAUCAGUAAGGCUCAUUACUUGCUUACAUUCAGCUCAGCUAUUGUAUCAUAUUUUCCUUCUAUGCCUAUUGCAUGUUUUUCUGCUAUGUUCUUUUUUUUGCACUUACUAAAUGCAGUCUAAGAGGGAAUUUUGCUUCACUAUUCACUUGAAUCUUUCUGCAUGCUUUGUGUCUGUGCAGUGCUUCACCCUAACCUAGUUUACUUCUGUCUCUAAUCUCUCUCUCUAAUUAAAAAGAGUCUUCUACAUCAGUAUCCCAUAACCAGACACACAUACGUUCUGUCUGUCUGUCUGUCUGUCUGGCCAGUUAGUUACGUGAGCUUCAUGAUAUUGUCUGUCAUAGUUUUUUUGACAUGUUGCCGUGAGGUCGCCUAGGCAGAGAGCUCUUGUAAAAAAAAUAUAUAUAUAUUUUCUAUAGCAUUUUUCCCUACAAACGUUUUGUUUAUGAAUUAACUAUUGAUUUAGCUAAUUAUAGUCUGAAUAGUUUCAAUACAGCAUGUUUUCAAGACUGAAGUUGGCGGUUGGUUUAUGGCUAGUUAGCUGGCUAGCAUGCAAUGUUUUGACUCGAUUAUGCCAACUGUCCGGAGGUUAAGGAUGGAGAGAAGCCCAAAUACAGAGGUGUACAGAGAUGACCAUGACUGUAUGGAGAACUAAGUUAUAAGCAUAGACAAGCGCUGACAUCAUCCACGUAUUCCUAUGGGAAAAAAACCCAUGGCGCAUGAAGACGGAAGUAUUUUAAUUUAAAGCCCGCCAUAUUGCUGAAUGGCACCAAAACAUUGCUAUCAUGAUGAAAGUGUCCGUAACAAGCAAAGGAUCAUGGUCGACGUAGUCGUUUUCAUCCUGCUUGAGAGAGUCAACCAUGGAGCUUCCUCGUAGCCUGCCGGCCCGUGAUUGGUCUGUGUCAGCACGUGGUCCUGUGUGACGCCAAAUGUAGUUGUCAGAAUGGAUCACUAUUUAAUGAAAUAUCAUGAUUUGUAGCGAACUUUAAAAUAAUUCACCGUGGGGAUCGAACUUGAUCAUAAUAAACACAUUUUCAGGCCAAAACGGGUGGCUAAAUUGUUUUUCUUUGGCCGUUCUGGUAAUCGUAAUUUACAUAGGCUUUCUAGGGCAGACCAGGGCUUUUGGAACCGCUAGGUUGCUACGCAGUAGCCGACCAGCAGAGCGUGUGACGUCAUGCUCCAGACCGGACACUGGGGGCCUGGUUAGAAGGCUACUCCUGAAUUACUAUUGAAGUCUGGUGUGCUUUCUGGCGCCUUCGUGACUGCCAUAGCAUCGCCCAAAUGUGUGCUGCAUUUUGGUAGUAGUGAAGAGUAGCUAGCUAAUAGUCCAGUGGCUAGUACGGAACUCUUAACUUCAUUUGACUGAGUCCUACUACGAAGCCACAGACGGUGUGAAUGGUGAGAUGACAACAUGCUGCAUGCUGCCUGCCUGCUCCCCGGCUCUCCCCUUUGACUACCUCCUCCCUCUGCUGACCUCAAUGAAUCAUUAACUUUCUCAACCUUCAGGCUCUUGACCGUCUUAAUGUUGUUGUUUUUAAAUUGCUUGUUUUUGGUUGUUGCUUUAAGGCACUUUAACAUUUAUUUUAUAUAAUGAAUAGCGCUAUUAAAGUUGAAUACAUUAUUGUUACUCCACCUCUAAAAGGAAAGCGCUCAGGCAGCUCGAUCACUCCAACCAUUCUCCUUUUAUCUCCAUUCCACCACUGACUAGUACGUUUUCACCCUGACAUGCCCCCAUGCUCCUGUCACAGGCAGAUCAGAUCCCCUAUAAUGAAGGGUCUGUAAGGAGGUGAGGAGUUUACUCAAUGGCCAACUCACUCUGAUUAACCCCCUGCUACCAUCGUUAAGGAGGUAGCUUCCUACGAACAUUAAAGCAAGAGAAAAGUCUGUAGAGUAGAUGUACAAUAUUCAAUUUUCUUCAUAGUUUGGAGGGUUGGUUUAAAAGCUGUUUGUUUUGAGACAUUUCAGACACACAUCCUUUCCACGUGUUUUGUUACAGUGGUUGGUUGGUAGUGACCCUGUUGAGAGUGUAGUAUGUGGAAGGUUUGUUCUCUUCACCGUAGCCUAACUAGCUAGCGUCACAUUGAGACCACAGUGUCUUUGCAUGAAGUUUCCUGCCGACAUGAAUACCAUGUAAAUGUGUGGGCGCUAGGCUAGCGUCCGUCCCUCUGCUGCUUGAUUACGCUGCAAGGCUUCAAUCUGCACCACUCGGAGUCCUAACUGCCUCUUCCUUUACAAAAAACUGCUUUGUAAAAUGUUGGUUAAAAUGAAGAAUCGUGAAUGAUUGAUUGCACAGUUGUGAUAUUAUAAAUGAAAUAAUUGCAAUGGUGUGUGUGUAUAUGCAAGGUUGUGAGUCUGUGCUUUGUGUUUGUGAAUGUAUGCACGCAGCUAUGCCUUUAUGUUCAUACUGAUCUUAUUGACCAUUUGAAUGUGUCUGAAUGCUAGUCUGCUGCCUCAAACUAACCUCUCUGCCCUGACCCCUCUGUGCACCUGACCACCCCCCUCUAGGCUACAGCACGGGUCACUCCCGCUCAUCCAGCCUGUCAGAGUGUACCCACCGCAGGAACACCUCUGUGGGCAGUGCCUCCACCGGCAUCGCCAGCAUCCCAGAGCCCAGCGACGACAAUAGGGACAGCAGGGACCAGAGGGAGAGCAGGGAUAGGGAGAGAGGAGACCGGGAAGCCAGGAUGGGGAUGAUUCCUCCUACUGCUGGGGCUUCGGCCUGCACAGCCCGUACUGAACACCCCACUGCCACUAGCACCACUAGUUCCUGUAAAGGCACCCCGGUGAAGAGUGCCUCAUCCAGCGAACGCCUCAACAGGUGAGACUGAGAGACUUCCCUGAUCACGAUCUUAAUGCUAAUGCUAGCUUUAAGAAAUGUAUUCUGUAACCUCAUGUUGACUUGUUGAUUAAUCAAAGGAUAAAUAAAUUGACAAACUCACACCUGAUCAAGCUGCUGUGCUGAGACAAAAGAAAUUGAGCCUAAGGCAGCAAGAGUCUGUACAUUACAUUUAACAUUUUAGUCAUUUAGCUAGGGCUGACCCCAAUUAGUUGACUGGUUGAUUGUUUAUUCGAUAGGCUGUUGGUCGACCGAGAUUUCUUUAGUCGAGUGGUCUUAUAUCAUUAAGCCAAAUUAGGCUGCAAAUUAGUGCAGCACGAGCGCCUCCACUGCUAGCCCAGGUUUAACCCAAACCACCUUGGACCUGAAGCCCCCCAUCUCCGAAAAAAGAAAAAGAGAGAUAACCGAUGGUAUCGUGGACUUCAUUGCCUUGAACAUGAGGCCCGUCAACCUGACAGAGUGCGUGGGGUUUAAGAUGAUGAUGAUGAUGAUAAAUCUUGGUGCCUGGUUACACCGUUCCCAAGAGAGAAACUAUUUUGCAUGCUUUGACUGCGAAAUAUGAUAACACAAAGGUUUUGGAGUCUAUCAAAAACAGUCGGGCAGUAAGUUUUACAACCGACAUGUGGACCUCACUGAGAAUGGAGUGUUACAUGACCGUCAAUGCACAUUUCAUUACUGAGGCCUGGAAACUGCAGUGUCUUGUGCUGGAGACAAAAUAAACGGAGGAGAAUCGCACCGCAGCCAACAUUUUGCAGAGACUUGGAGAAGUUGCCGAUGCAUACGAAAUCCCAGGAUGUAAAAGGGUCGCUGUGGUACAUGACAAUAGCACAAGCAUGGUUUUGUGUGCAGAUAUAUUGGAGCAGGAAGAGGAAUGGGCAGACGUAAAAGGAGUCAGAUGUGCUUGAUCUCACCACAACGCAAUGGAACAUGGCAGAGGACAUUUAGAAUGUGCUGAAGCCGAUGGUCACCCUGACUGAGUUGCUGUCCGAGGAGGACAACACAUCCUUAUCUGCAUCCAUACCCAUGCUGGCUUGAAACGCUGCCACUUGGCCGUAGUGGAGGACGACAGCCACACCACUAAGAGUCUAAAAACAAAGCUGGUGGGGGAAACUGAAAAAAGAUGGCAGCUCAACGACCGACUACUUGAGAGUAGUCUAUAUGUCCAAGCAGCAGUCAUAGACCGACGCUUCAAGCUGCUUUCGUUCGUUGACGAUGCAAAACAAGACGACGCCUACAUCAACGUGUCCCAGCUGGCCGACCGUUUGAGCGCGGCGCAGCCAGACGAGCCAGAGCCCGCUUAAGGAGACGAAGAGGAGGAACCCACACAAAAAAAAAGAAAACUGACAAGGAGCGGGAGCGGGAGAUGGAGAUGCUCAUGUGUGGAGAUAAUGGAGAGAAGGAGGAUCAAGGGGAUAGCAAAGAAGAAAUAGAACAAAAGUCUACGCUGGACCGCUAGCUUGGUGGGGAAAAUACGAGGACAGGUAUCCGAAGCUGGCCAGAGCAGCUAAAUACCUCCUCUCCAUCAGUGUAUCUUUUCCAAGGCAGGGUUUACAGUCAAUAAAAUGAGGAGCUACCUUCCUGAAAAUGUUGACAAAUUUGGUGUUCCUGUCUCAUAACUUGAAAAGCUUAGGGAUGUAGGCUAUGGCUAUUCAGUGUGAGUAAGUAGGCCAGUCCAAUACAGUUGACAGAUAGAGAGAUGAUAAACAUAUUAUGCAGGCUGCUAAAUGUUUGGAAUUGUGAAAUAGCCUAUGCUCAUGUUUUUCUGGUAGCCUGGGACUAUACAAACCAUUUUAUGUUCAGCAUUAGAGUUAAAAGCUGCUGUUGAAGGCGGUUUAAAUAGCCUAGCCUACUGUUGUGAUAGGCUCCAACUCUUCAUUUAGGCUAGUUUGUUAUUCAUUUAUUUUGUUUGUUAUUAAACAUAAUGAAUUUACUGUUCAAUGUUUAGGUAUGUUGAUAAUAUAUUUACUGUAAUACUGUUCAACUAUGUUGAUUGAAUACUAGGCCUACUGGCGGUAACUGCUGCUGUUUGUCAUUUAUUUUAAUUAAGCACAUUUUUAUUGUUUGUUCAAUUUGUUAUGUUCUUAAUAAUUUAAAAAAUAUAUAUGCUUCCUUAAACCAUCUACUCUAUUUUAUAGGCUCUAUGAUUAUUUUUCUUUGUUUUGCAAUAUAUCAUAUUUGAGAGACAUAGGCUAUUCGUGUUUGGAGUCAGUGAUAUUCUUAGCAUAGGCUUUGGCUGUUUUAACCUAGGCUACUGUAUGUUUAAUUCAGAUUCACUACCAUGAAAUAGCCAUUAUAAAGUUGUUACCUUGUUGUUGUGGUCAAAUAAAAGUAUAGGCCUGUGGUGUAUAGUCAGGAGACUUGAAUCAAGAUUGCAGUUGAAAAAUAAAUGUUUGGGUUUACUCCCUAUAAGUUUACAAUUCAAAGGUUUUGGGGAAAAGGGAAUGGGAAGGGAACAAUAAUCAAAUCAAAAUCAAAUGGCGUUCUCUCUUCCGGCAGCCUUCUGCCAUGCCAAAUAUUAAUGUUUAUGUAGCACACACUUCCCCACUCCUGCCAUAAGCGCUGCAGUGGUGCUCUCCAAUGUGCUCAACUGAAUCUUCAGUGAGUGUUUUCUCCCGCGUUGGGUUGGGAAGGAGGGUAGGUUCGGGAACAAGGUUUUUUUCUUCUGGUUAUCUUGAUCUUUGGCUCCCUCUGAGUCGUGUCUUAAUUAUUUCAUCAAGCAGUGCACUUAAAGCAUCAGACAAACUCAGUGCAUAAUAUAGUUGAUUUUAUUAUAACACAGGGUGUGUCUAUAUAUGGAAAAAUACACGUUUAAAAAUUUCGACCAAUUGAUUGACCAAGAUUUUUGUUGGUCGGGUACAGCCCUAUAUUUAGCAGACGCUCUUAUCCAGAGCGACUUACAGGACCUAUUAGGGUUAAGUGCCUUGCUUAAGGGCACAUUUACAGAUUGUUCACCUAAUCGGAUGGGGAUUCAAACCAGCGACCUUUCGUUUACUGGCCCAACGCUCUUUGCCGCUAGCUUACCUGCCGCUCUGUACUGCACUGUAUGUCAAUGACAUUUCUGACUUAUUGGACCAGUCUCUCUUGUUACACAACAUUCCCAGCAUCACUCAUUUCACACAGAUAAGAUAACACCUGAACUUAUUUUCUGAAGAGGUAGUGCAUGUAUCCUGGUGUUGUAAUGUGAUCGUAUGUGUUUUAACUUGAUCCUGUAUGUCCCAUCAGGCACCUGGUGAAGCAGUGUUCGAUGGAGGGUCAAAUGAUGAGGGUGGAGGCUUCUCGAGUGGAUGCUGAUGACGUGGUUGAGAAGAUACUCCAGGGUCAGGACUUCACCCCCAACAUGCUGGACUCCAGCCAUGAAGGUAACUAACUAACCAUGGAAACCACAGACCUAGUCAGGACAGGUUAUAGUGUAGAAGGUCCUGCAGAGCCAGGACUUCACCCCCAGCCUGCUGGACUACAGCCAUGAAGGUAAAACCAUGGAGACCACAGACAGUCGGGCCAGGUUACAGUUUUGGUAGAGCCACUUCUAGAGGUGCACACCUAGUCUGAGACCAAUCCAGUUUUGAUCUUAGAGGUAGACUUACAACUUUUGGAGCACUUCUACCUCUAGAAUGAUGGGUCUGAAAUUAAUGUUGAAAGCAUGUUUGUAAAGACCUGUGGUAUUGGAAUGUAUUAAGGUAUAUUACACAUUCAUUUGUAUUCCAUCCCAGUAACUUCUUUAUUCACAUUACUGUAUAAAUGUUACUUGGACAAUUGUCAAUACAAAAGGGUUGUAAUGCAGUUGCCUCCACCUUAGUGACCUCAGUAAUGUGGAGUAGAUUCUUACCAUGGUUGUGUGGGAGCGUAACCUAUGCAGUGGGGGUUGAUGGAGUUUCUAUCAGCACGUGUUAAUGAAUCUCUACAGAGGAAGGAAUGUAUCCCUGAUACUCUUCAAGGUUCCCGUCGUCCUCUACAGAAAGCAGAAUGCUCCAGUCAAUACUGGAUUAUUUUUAGAUUGCCUAGCAACCUGCCUCUCCUUAUGAGGAGUGUUGGUGUUCCAUCUGCUAAAUAAGGAAAAGCUGUUUCAUCACAAAUGCCACUCAAAGCUGUGUGUUUCAGAGGAAGGCCUGCGGCUGUUUGUUGGUCCCGGAGGUAGCACUGCCCUUGGAAGCCAUCACCUGCCUACCAGGUAG